UUCUCAUUUUCACACUACUUAAUCCAAUAAAAAUAUAUCCAUUUCUAACUUCUCUUUCUCUUUCUCUCUCUAGUGAUCAUCAUAUACAUUUUCAAUUCUCUCUCUAAGUUACUUAUACCAAAAAAUGGGUACUGAAGCUAUUGAGAUCAUAACUUCAAAUGCUUUGUCAGCCAUUUUUGAUAAACAAAACCGUUUCAAUCAAGAUAACAAUGAGUUUUGGUAUGAGGAAGAAAUUGAUGAGGAUCUCAAAUGGUCCUUCGCUUUGAAGAGCGUGCUGCAAAAAGCCACUAGCGAAUACCAGGACAUUGUGCUACUCGACACUAAGAAAUUUGGGAAGGUGUUGGUGCUUGAUGGUAAGAUGCAAAGUGCGGAGGCUGAUGAAUUUAUCUACCAUGAGUGCUUGAUUCACCCUGCCCUCCUUUGUCAUCUAAACCCAAAAUCUAUGUUCAUAAUGGGAGGUGGUGAAGGUUCUGCUGCUAGAGAAGCUCUUAAGCACAAGUCCAUUGACAAAGUGGUCAUGUGUGAUAUUGAUCAGGAGGUGGUUGAUUUCUGCCGUAAACACUUGACAAUCAACCAAGAAGCCUUCAACAAUAACAAGUUUGAGCUUGUGAUCAAUGAUGCAAAGGCUGAAUUGGAAGGAAGGAAGGAGAAAUUUGAUAUAAUAGUUGGAGAUUUGGCAGACCCAGUUGAAGGAGGACCUUGUUACCAACUUUACACCAAAUCUUUCUAUGAGACUAUUCUCAAACCUAGGCUUACUGAUAAUGGCAUCUUUGUCACUCAGGCUGGGCCUGCAGGAAUUUACACCCACAAGGAGGUGUUCUCUUCCAUUUACAACACCAUCAGACAAGUCUUCAAAUAUGUAGUUGCAUUUACUGCUCAUGUGCCAUCGUAUGCAGAUACUUGGGGAUGGGUUAUGGCCUCGGAUCAUCCAAUUCUCAUUGAUGCUAAAGAUCUCGAUAAGAAGAUCCAAGAUCGGAUUGAUGGGGAGUUGCUAUACCUGAAUGGGACUUCCAUACUUUCAUCCACUUCCCUAAACAAAACUCUCUCUCAAUCGCUGUUGCAAGAAACUCAUAUCUAUACUGAAGAAAGUGCAAGAUUUCUGCAUGGUCAUGGGCUAAUUAAUCGUCUCUAAGGAUUGCAGAAGGGCGCGCACCAACUGGAUUAAGGGCAAUUAAUGUCAAAUGUUGAUCAAUAGAAUAGUAACUUCAGUGGGCUAUUCUUCUCUAUAAGUAGGGUUCUUGUAAGGGGUUGUUGUUGUUGUAGAAAUUAUAAUAGUAGCGCACAUGGAAGAAAAGAAAGAACUGUCUUUAACUUUAUUUUAUUUUAUGAAAAUGAGGUAUUCCUCCAAAA